UUAUACCUCAACGGAGGGGAAGAGGAAGUUACAGGCGGAUUUUUAAGGAUUAGAGCCGUAAAGGCAACGAGAAGAUUAGCAUUAAUCUUCUGGUUAGAUCUAACGGACCCACUGACUCUGUUUUAGGCGUUUUAUUCGGGGAAAAAGAGGGAAAGGUUCCGCGGAAACGAGAAGAAACGGACCGAAAGGCACCUACUGCGGUCGCCUUGGCAACAAGUGAGGCGUCUAUUAGCAGUGGACAAGAUGGCGGCGAAGCAGAUCCACACCGGAGGAUUUCUGCUGCUCUAGCUGCCUUUUUACCGCCCCGAAAGCCUUCAGAGGUGUCUCCUGAUCAGUAGCUCCUCCUGCUGUCAUGUCUUCGCUGGAGUCCAAAGGAGACGGGGGGAAGUGGCUGGACGCCCACUAUGACCCGGUGGCCGGUCUCUACACCUUCUCCUCCUGCGUGGACCUGGCAGACCUGAGCGGGGACGGCGACAGCCGCCUGGUGGUGGGGGACCUGGGCACCGGCUCGACCGGCAUGAAGCUGAAGGUGUACCGCGGCACUGCGCUGAUGAGCGAGAGCACCCUGCUGGACCUGCCCGCCGGCCUCGUCGCCCUCUUCAUUGACCAGUUCGAGCCACGCAUUCCCGUUGUUGCCGUGGCAUCCGGACCCUGCGUCUACGUCUAUAAGAACCUGCGACCAUAUUUUAAGUUCACACUGCCCACUCUGGAGAUCAACCCUGUGGAGCAGGCCAUGUGGCAGCAGGUGAGGGAGGGCCAAAUCGACCCAGUGAUGCUGAAGGAGAUGCUGGAGGACGUCAGGAAGAAGGCGGACGUGCCACUGUCUGACCGCUCCCUCCGCUUCCUGUCGCUGGCGGCCGACGAGGUGGACGAGUUCGUCCAGCUGCAUAAGCAGCAGCCAAUCAGGCGGCAGACCGUCAUCAUCUGCAUCGGGACCCUGAAGAAGAGCACCGCUGAUGAAGAUGGGAUCAGCUGUUUGGUGAUCGGUACGGAGAACGCCAACGUCUUCGUCCUCGACCCCGAGGCCUUCAACAUCCUCAGCAAGAUGUGUCUCCCUGCUGUUCCCACCAUGAUGGACGUCACAGGUCAGUUCGAUGUGGAGUUUCGCAUCACAGUGGCGUGUCGUAAUGGCAGCAUCUACAUCCUGCGCAGGGAGUCGGAGAAACCAAAGUACUGCAUCGAGCUGCCGUCCCACCCGGUGGGGCUGGUGAGGGUCGGGAAGAACGUGAUCGUGGGAUGCAGCGACGAGAGCCUGCAGGGCUUCACUCAGAAGGGGAAGAAGCUGUGGAGGAUCCCGCUGCCCGCUCCCAUCACCACCAUGGCCGCCAUGGAGCUCCCCGCCAGGGGCCUCCAGGCGGUGCUGGUAGGCCUGGCGAACUGCCAGGUCCAGCUCUACAGGGACAAGAACCUGCUCAGCACCAUUAAGACACCCGACGCCGUCACCAGCAUCUGCUUCGGUCGCUACGGCCGGGAAGACGGGACCCUCAUCAUGACAACGAAGGGCGGGGGCCUCAUGGUGAAGAUCCUGAAGAGAACUGCGGCGUUCGACGAGCGAGACGGCGCACCCGGCCCGCCGCUAGCUCAAAGCGUCCGCCUCAAUGUCCCCAAGAAGACCAAGCUGUACGUGGACCAGACGCUGAGGGAGCGGGAGAACGGGCUGGCCAUGCACCGCGCUUUCCACAUGGACCUGAGCCGCAUGAGGCUGGCCGCCGCCAGAACCUACGUCAAGGUUCUGGAGUCCAGCCUGACCCCCAUGUCCUGCAGCCUGUCAGAGCCGCUCAAGAUGAACGCCGUAGUCCAAGGCCUGGGCCCAUCCUUCAAGCUGACCCUCAACGUCCAGAACACGGCGUCCUGCCGGCCAGUCAUGAACCUGGCCAUCAGCUUCCUGUACGAUGACAACCUGUACCGCAUCAGGAACGCGUAUAUGAGGAUUCCGCUGCUGGUUCCUGGACUCAUCUACCCCAUCCAGACGUUCGUGGAGUGCGUCAGCGACAAGGGCGUCUCUGACAUCAUCAAGGUCUUUGUGCUGCACGAGGAGAAGAGCGCGCCUCUGCUUACAGCUCACAUCAACAUGCCGGUCAGCGAGGGGCUGACGCUCAGCUGAGCCACGCCGGUUCUGUCCGACCCGAUCCAGUCAACUGCUGGAGGACAGAAUCUUCCAGCUCCCCUGAUCUCUGCCACCGUCAGAUCUGUAACGUCUUAGAUCAAUGCGUUCCUGCUGUUCUUUGUUAACGAUGGCAAAGCUAAUGCUUCAGACUUGAGGGCGACUUGCCCCAAAAUCAACCAGACUUUCAUUUUUAGAUGUCUAAUAGCAUUAUUUUGACCGUUUCCUGCUUAUUUAUCAGCUUUUUUUCUAAAUCUGACUCGGUGGCGCCCUCCUCUGGUUGAAAAUGGUUGCUGCAUCUUUUUUUUCUUUUUUUUUGUCUUUGUGUUUAUCAAAUUACACAGUUAGCAGGUCUAGGCUUAAGGCAGGCAAGAAUACAAAGAUUACAAACAAACAAAGUUCAGCAGAUGACAUCAUAUGAAUUAAUAAUAAUGUCUUUAAGGCUUUGAAUCAGUGCAGCACUUUGAAAAAGCCAAAUAUGGAGAUAGAUUGGCAAAGAAACAUUAAAUCUGGAAAAUGUACCACUGUG